AUGAAGCUCACCAUCUUCGCUAUUGCCUUCUCUGUCGCUGCUGUGACCGCAGACAACUGCUCAAAGGGCCUGAGAUAUUGCGCCUAUAACCUCAUCGGCAAAGGCAACUACCAUUCCCAGGUGAAUGAUGCCAUGGCGAAAUGGUACGGAACCAGCAGUACAAACCUCAAAUACCACAAUGCCGACUACGCCCUUUUCCUGUGCAAUGGUGCCGACGACAUUAUCAUGGUCAAGGAUUGCAAUAACUACUGCCAAAAUGGAGGUGAUGACCAGAGAGACUACUGUGAUAACUAG